AUGCUGGGAGUCACAGCUGUCUGUUAUUCUGUGAAAGUGCUGAUCUACCUGAUAUUCCUGGAUGUGGGGCCCUGUAGAUCUGGGGUUCAGCCCCUGAAUCCUGCCUGUCGCCUGCAGAUCAUUAAACCAGUGAAGGAAUAUGAAUACAUGCAGGAAGGAGAUAUCAUUAUCGGAGGGGUGAUGACUUCCCAUUUCUAUAUGAUUAAUGUUACAUUUCCAUGGGACAAUUCCAAUGGAUUCCUCUGUAUUUCUCAGAAUCAACAGGGUUACCGCUACUUGGUGGAUUUUCGUUAUGCCAUUGAGCAAACUAACAAGGAUCCGGCCCGGUUACCCAACCUGACCCUGGGGUACCAUAUAUCCGAUUCCUGUGGGGACCCCCGGAAGGCAGUGAGGAGCGUAUUACAGAUAUUAUCUGGUACCAGGGAGCCGGUUCCCAAUUACUCCUGUGUGGGAAAGAGAAACAUUGCUGGGUUUAUUGGGGAUCUCACCUCAGAGACAACUGUACCCAUAGCCCAGAUACUGACUCUGUAUGGAUAUUCCCAGAUCAGUUACGGAGCGACAGACCCAUCGCUCAGAGACAGAGCCACCUUCCCGUACAUUUUCCGCACAGUACAAAGUGAUGAAGCCAAUUAUUUUGCUAUAAGUAAAUUACUGAGACAUUUUGGCUGGACCUGGGUUGGAAUAAUUACAUCUGAUGAUAUGAGUGGGGAGGAAGAGCAUCACAGUUUGGCCAAAUAUCUCUCCAGGGAAGGCGUCUGUAUUGAGUUUACAAUAAGGAUUAAGACCAAUAUAAAACAUACAAUGAAACCAAAACAACAUGAAAUGACAAUUAAGAGAUCCUCUACCAGUGUCAUUAUACUUAGUGGAACAGCUUCUACAAUGUUUGUCACAGAGUUACCUAUUAUGAACAGUGUGCUUCAAGAAAAGACUUUGAUCCUCUCAUCUAAUUGGGGGAAUAACGAUUUCAUUAUUGGAUACGCCAUGGACAUAUUUAAUUGCAGUUUGGUGUUUGUGCCACGUUACCAUUAUGAUCUCGGGACUCCUGAAAUGAGCAGAUUUUUAGAGGAUUUAGGUUUUUCAAAAUUCCCAAAUGACAAGUUAAUUGAAGAUAUCUUUAUAAUUUUUUAUUUGUGUUUGUCAAAAGACCAAAAUAAGAAUGAUUUGUAUCAAUAUAUUUAUUUCCAAACUCUACAUAACUGCACUGGGCAGGAGCGUAUUACAGACCUUCCCUAUUUCAGUUGUGAAACCAAUUCUCCCCGAGUGCAUCUGGCAGUUGAUAUAAUGUCUCAGGCACUUCAUGAGAUGUUGUUUAUCAAGGAAUCCAUACAGUAUCCCUAUAAGUACCAGUUGCACCGAUAUUUAAAGAAACACCAAUACAGCACCCAAACUGGACCAAACUUCCUGUUUGAUGAACAUGGGGAGUACGUCUCUGGGUUACAGAUCUAUAACUACAUUAUAUCAGUUGAGGGUUACCUAAACAAAGAGCCCUUUGGUGAAUUCUCCCCAUGGGCCCCCCCAGAUCAGCAGCUGAACAUCACAUCAUCAUUAAUACAAUGGAAGACAAAUAACAAUAAAAUCCCAAGAUCUCAAUGUUCAGACAACUGUCCCCCCGGAUUCAGGAAGGCACCAAAGCCCGGAGCCCAGUCCUGCUGUUAUGUCUGUGUCCCAUGUUCUGAGGGAGAGAUCUCCAACACAACUGACAGUGAGAGCUGCAUCCAAUGCCCAGAUAUGGAAUGGCCUAAUGAGAAGAAGAUUCAAUGUAUUGCCAAGCUGGAAGAAUUUCUUUCAUACAGUGAUGAUGUAAUAUCUAUCAUUUUUUCAUUCAUCUCAGUUUUUUUUCUCCUUAUUACUGGGGAAAUAUUGGGAGUUUUUAUUAAACAUUGCAACACCCCCAUUGUGAGAGCCAACAACAGGGGCCUGAGCUUCCUCCUCCUUGUCUCCAUCAAGCUGAGCUUCCUCAGUGUGUUUCUGUUCCUCGGUCGCCCUGUGGAUAUAACCUGCAUGCUGCGCAUCAUCACUUUUGGAAUCACCUUCUCCAUAGCUGUCUCUUCUCUCCUGGCCAAGACUAUCAUGGUUUGUGUUGCUUUCAAAGCCACCAAGCCAGGGAGCUCAUGGAGAAAAUGGCUGGGAGUCAAACUGUCCAAUUCUGUAGUCUUGUUCUGCUCAUCCAUUCAAAUAAUCAUCUGCAUGACUUGGUUGGCCAUUUCUCCUCCCUUUCAGGAACUGGACAUUCACACUUCCCCUGGAACCAUCAUCAUUCAGUGCAAUGAGGGCUCAGCUAUUGGCUUUUACUCAGUUAUUGGGUAUAUGGGGCUUCUGGCAGCUGUUAGUUUUGUUUUAGCAUUUUUAGCUCGGAGCUUACCGGACAGUUUUAAUGAGGCCAAGUACAUCACUUUCAGCAUGCUGCUCUUCUGCAGUGUUUGGAUCACAAUGAUCCCGGCCUAUCUGAGCACCAAAGGCAAAAACACUGUGUGUGUGGAGAUAUUUGCCAUACUCACCUCAAGCGCGGGCCUUUUAGCCUGUAUAUUUCUGCCCAAGUGCUACACAAUACUACUCAGGCCAGGUGUAAAUAUGAAAAGUAAUUUGCUUAGAAGCAAAUGUAAGUAA